UCAUUUUAUGUGUAGUGUAUCCUUUAACAAAAAUUUCCUACUACGGCAUAACUGAAUUUGCGUGUCCACAAGUUAUCAGGCAUCAUCUUAGCCGUAUUCCCUCUUGCUUUUCCGCCACAGUUUAAACUGAGAGCUUUGUUGUGACGAAAAUGUUGGCUAGUAACAAAUGGAUACAGCAAAUGCAGCUUUAGUCAGAAAGUGGAUUUGUUUUUUGUCAGACUUUUUUGUUAUAUUCUCAACAGUGCACUGUUACUUACAUCGCUAGCUGAAAACUGCUGUAAUGUCUCUGCCUCCAGAAAAAGCUUCCGAACUGAAGCAAAUCAUACACAAUCAUCUGCUGAAGAUGGAUAUCCACGGGAAGAUCCGGGAGGUACUAGCUGAGGUUGUAAAGGAUGAAGGGGGCAGUGCACAUCAAUCUCUGUCCGAGGCAGAUCUCCUCCGUGCUCUGCAUCGCAGGGGAAUCAUAGACGAUGUGAUGAAGGACCUACCUUUUACCCAGGUUGAUCAGCCACAUGCAGAGCACAGUAAAAUAGAAGCACAACCUUCUCAAAAGACUGCUACUCACUUUGCUGACAAAGACAUCACUCAGCUGAAAAAAUCAAAUGUUGAUCCAUCCAAGCGGUACCUGUACCUGCAAGUGCUUGGAGGUAAGGCCUUUCUGGAGCACCUCCACGAGCCAGAGUCUUUACCAGGUCAAGUGUGUUCCACGUUCACGCUCUACGUGCACUUCCGCAACCAGAGAUUUCGCUCGAAACCAGUUCCCUGCGCUUGUGAGCCUGACCUGAAGGAGGGCUUCCUGUUAGAGAUUCACAGAGACAGCUUUGGAGAGGGCACCAAAAUGGCAGAUGCGACCGCUAUGCUAUCAAUAUGCGACCGUGUUCACUUGGUGCUCAUCAAGACAGACACCUCUAAUGAGACGACGCUGAUCUCGUCCUACUUUGUGGACUGGAGGGCUGUUCUCAGUUCGCCCAGUGGAAAGACUUGCUUUGCAGUGGAGCUCAUGGGAGUUGGAAGUGAAUUCAAAGUCCCAGCUGGUGUUUUGACGGUCAGUCUAGAACUCUACCCACCUCUCGUAGAGACUUUGAGUUCUGACGUCAUCAGCACACAGCAAUCACUGGAGAGACAGAGAACGGCUGAGAAGGAGAAGCUCUUCUUGGUUUACGCAAAACAAUGGUGGCGGGAGUUCCUUGAGAUUCGACCCUCGCACAAAUCCAAAAUGGUGAAGAUCUUUGCACAGGAUGAGAAUGGAAUCAAUAGACCAGUAUGUUCCUUCGUUCGCGUGCUGCGGGCGGGUCGUCUGCUGGAAAGCCCUCGACAGGCGGCACGCUUCGUCAGCCUGCUGGCCUACGAGAAGGCCCCGGUGGUGGGAGGGGGAGGAGGGAAGCAGGAGCAGUGGUGCACUUUAAUGGCUUUCUUGUGCGGAGGAAAGGGCGACUGUGAGGACCACGCCACCCUGCUGUGCAGCCUCCUGCUGGGCUUCGGCCUGGAUGCCUACGUGUGUGUGGGCACAAAAGCCAAGGGAGUGCCACACACUUGGGUCCUAACGCGUGGGACAGAUGGGAGCAUUACCUUCUGGGAGAGUCUGACAGCACACAGGUACCUCCACCAGCCCAUAGACUCAGACGCGCCACCACUGGCCCCCCAGCCCAAACCUUCGUCCCCUUACCGCACCGUGGGCUGCGUCUUCAACCACCAGACCUUCCUGGCCAACUGCCAGCCCACAGACGCCGUGGAGCUCUGUGUCUUUGACCUGCAGAACCAGUCUCGGUGGAAAGCGAUGAGCGAAGAGGCACUGAGGUCCGUCUGCGCCCCGGGCUCAACCGCCUCCUUGCCCCCUCUUCCUCCCCUCUGCGCGCCCACUCUGGAUCCCGCUGCCACCAGUAACCAGAUGGAGCUGGAGAUGCGCUACCUGGUGUCCGAGCACAGGAAGGACCUGGGCCUGGCAACAGUGUGGGACGACCACCUGUCCUAUCUGCUCUCCUCUGCCCUAUCGGCCUACGAGCUGGAGCGCUGCUCUGGCGUCUCCUGUGGUAAUGAGGAGUUUCAGGACGCAGUGAGGAGGGCGGUGCCUGAUGGACACACCUUCAAAGGCUUCCCCAUCCACUUCCUGCACUGCAAUGCUCGUCGAGCCUUUGCCACCUGCCUUAAGUCUCCCUUCUGUGAGGAGAUAGUGUGUUGUCGCGGCGACCACAUGAGGCUGGCAGUUCGUGUGCGGGUGUUUGUCUAUCCAGAGAAUGCAUGUGCAGUGUGGCUCAUGUUUGCAUGUAAAUAUCUCUCCAUUCUCUGACCAGAUGUCGACUCAACUACUCCCAGUUUAUAGUUCACAUUAGUCUUUGUGAGGACACCACACUUAUUUUUGUAUUAUAUACAUUGUACACAGAGAUAUGAAAUGAGUCUACACUGAAACGACCUAAAGACACAUAUCUGUUGGUGUCCUCCACAUGGCUCAGGUUUGUAAUUUGUGGUUAGGGUAUGUAAUUUGUACAAAUAUUCACAAUGAAUUUUUAUUCUACAAAAUAAAUAUGAUUUUUUUUAACAAAA